UGGGUCCUUUAUUGUUGACGUCAAUACUGAUUUGGAAGAUAACAUUUAAAGUUAAUCGUCGCUGGGUUGAAUUCCAAGUUACGGUUUAACGAUUUGAUUUUUUCAAAUGUUCAGUGUGUUUAGUGAGACCCAAAUAUGGAACGAAGUGUACAUUCAUAAAGUUGAACGAACCCUCUUUCCACGUCUCCUUCGUCUUCGACCCACAGUAGCUGAAUUUCCACUGCUGCCCUUAACAGCCACAUUGUUAACCCGGGCCACGACCUAUCCGAGUCCCUCCUUAGGUCAGAAGAAAGCAUCCCCCACCGCCGUGAUGCCUCAGAAGGGCCAGAAGAGUGCCCAGACCACCCACUACAUCGAGCUGGGGGGCUACCAGUACUGGCCGGUGCUGGCGCCCCGUGGGAUCCGCCUGUACACCUACGAGCAGAUCCCGGGGUACCUGCGCGAGAACCCCUACAUCACGGACGGAUAUAGGGCAUACCUGCCCUCCAGGCUCUGCAUCAAAAGCCUAUUCAUCCUGUCCAACGAGACGGUGAAUAUCUGGACUCACCUGCUGGGCUUCCUGCUCUUCUUUUUCCUGGCUGUGUACCACAUGGCGCAGGUUCUGCCCCAGCUGGGAGCAUCACGCGAGGACUAUGUCAUCUACUCAGUCGGCCUUUUCUGCUUCCAGCUAUGUCUGCUUUGCUCCGCGGGCUACCACGUGUUCUGCUGCCACCGCUCGGAGAAGACGAGUCGGCGCUGGAUGGCGCUGGACUAUGCCGGCGUGUCGGUGGGCAUCCUGGGCUGCUAUGUGCCUGCCGUCUUCUACGCAUUCUACUGCAAUAAUUACUGGCGUCAGGUCUACCUGGUGACAGUGUUGGCCAUGAUCCUGUCCGUGUUCCUGGCACACAUCCACCCAAACUACCUGAGCAAGCAGUGGCGCCGCCCUCGAUCGCUGGCCUUCUGCGCGCUGGCGUCGUGCGGUCUGGUGCCCGUUGUGCACUGGGUUUGCGACGCUGGCGGAUUUUCCUCGGAACUCGUGCAAGCAUUCAUCCCCCGUGUGUUGGUCAUGUAUUUGAUGGCGGCAUUGGCGCUGCUCUUCUAUGUCUCCAAAGUGCCUGAACGAUAUUUCCCAGGCCAGCUGAACUACGUGGGCUCGAGCCAUCAGCUGUGGCACGUGCUGCUGCUGCUCAUGUUCUACUGGUGGCACCAGUCGUCCUGUUUCAUCAUGGCCUACAGACACAGCCGGCCCUGCCCUGCGGACCUCGUUGACACCAACGUGCACUCCUAGCCAACAUGGAAGACAACUACACGACACUCUUUGUGUACAUUGGUCACGGGCGUGCUGGAGCCUAUCCCAUUUGUCAUCGGGCAGGAGGCGGGGUACACCUUGAACUGGUUGCCAGCCAAUCGCAGGGCACAUACAAACGAACAACCAUCCGCACUCACAUUCACACCUACGGGCAAUUUAGUCUCCAAUUGAUGCAUGUUUUUGGGAUGUGGGAGGAAACCGGAGUGCCCGGAGAAAACCCACGCAGGCACGGGGAGAACAUGCAAACUCCACACAGGCGGGGACGGGGAUUGAACCCCGGUCCUCAGAACUGUGAGGCUGACGUGCUAACCAGUCGACCACAGAGUCGUCCACCGUGCCGCCACUACGACUACUAAUAUACUAUAAUAUGCUAGUCACGCCUAUGACUACUAAACAAUAAUAGACUCAACUAGGAGGUUGUACAAUAUUUAUACAAAUAUGAAACAAACAACCAUUCGCACUCACAGGCAAUUUAGAGUUUUCAAUUAACCUACCAUGCAUGUGAUGUGGGAGGAAACCGGAGCACCCGGAGAAAACCCACGUAGACAAGGGAGAACAUGCAAACGCCACACAGGCGAGGCCGGAUUGGAACCCCGUGUCCUUAGAACUGUGACGUGCUAACCAGUCGGCCACUAACACUGUAGUCAACGGGAACAAACAGGGAGUGACAAAGAUUGUUAGCAUGGAGUUAUUUUCGUUGUUUUUGUAACUAUGGAAACUUUACCUUACUGGUUUUAUAAGGUGCUCCUUUAUGUGAGAAAAUAUGAGAAACACUGUUCUUCAAGGUUUAAGUUAAAAAACUUGUCUACUCUCUCCUAGACUAAAUGAGAGAGGACUAUACAAGUCUUAACUAUCCCCUGUUAGUCUAAAAACUGGCUAUUCUAACUGAUCCUAGACUAGAUGACAACUAGUUUAGGACAGAGUAUUACUCAACUCCAAUAUGAAUCAGAUCCCAAUAGACUCAAUCAUAGAUAAGACUAUCCCCAUCCUCGUCUAAACCAGACUAUCCUACCCUGUGCUAUACCAUGCUAGGCUAGACAAUAUUUGACUCAAGUACAGUGCCCCUCCAAAAGUAUUGGAACGGAAAGGUCAAUCCCUUUGUUUUUGUUGAAUACUGAAGACAUUUGGGUUUCAGCUCAAAAGAUGAAUGAGUUCAGAAUUUCAGCUUUUAUUUCACGCUACUUACAUCUCGAUGUGUUAAACUCAGGACAGAGCACCUUUUGCUUUAAGCCACACACUUUUCAAGUGAGCAAAAAUAUUGGAACAGACACUAUUGAAUUAACUUGAAGUGAAUAACAUUUAAUAUUUGGUAGCGUAACCCUUACUUGCAAUAACUGCAUCAAGCCUGUGACCCAUGGACUUCAACAAACUGUUGCAUUCUUUAUUUGAAAUGCUUUUCUAGGCCUUUACUCUAGCCUCUUUCAGUACUUGUUUGUUUCUGGGGGUUUCUCCCAUCAGUCUUCUCUUCAGGGAGUAAAAUGCAUUCUCUAUUGGGUUAAGGUCGGGUGAUUGACUUGGCCAGACUAAGACCUUCCAGUUCCCCGCCCCCCCGAUGAAGUCCUUUGUUGUGUUGACAGUGUUUUGGGUCGUUGUCUUGUUGCAUGAAGCAGCUUCUCCCGAUUAGUUUGGAUGCAUUUGUCUGUAAAUUACCAGACAAAAUGGUUUUGUAGACUUCAGAAUUCAUUCUGCUGUUACCAUCAUGAAUUACAUCAUUAAUAAAGACUAGUGAGCCCAUUACAGAGGCAGCCGUGCAAGCCCAAGCCAUGACAUCACCUUCACAGAUGAGCUUGUGUGUUUUGGAUCAUAAGCAGAUCCUUUCUCUCUCUUUCCAUCACUUUGGUAGAGGUUAACCUUGUCUCAUCAGGCCAUAAAACCUUGUUCCAAAACCUUAGACUGUUUGUUGUACUAGAGCGGCUCCAACUACCGGAGACAAAUUCCUUGUGUGUUUUGGACAUACUUGGCAAAUAAAGAUGAUUCUGAUUCUGAUUCUGAUUCUUAGUGGCUCGUCUCUGUACUGCUUUGCAAAAUUCAAUCUGGCCUUCCGAUUCUUUUUGCUGAUGAGUGGUUUGCAUCUUGCGGUAUGGCCUGUAUAGUUCUUCUCUCAGUCUUGUGUGAUACCUUCACCCCUGCCCUGUGGUGGUUGGCAGUGGUGUCUCUCGCCAUGUUUCUGUCAUCAACUGCUGUUGAUACCCUUGGUCGACCUAUUCGAUGUCUGUUGCUCAUUAUAUACCAGUAGUUUUGCUUUUUCAGGACAUUCCAAAUUGUUGUAUUGGCUAUGUACAAUGUUUGUGCAAUAGCUGUGAUUGAUUUGACCUAUUCUCUCAGCUUCCCAUAGACAGCUCUAUGGUCUUCGUGUUUGCUGAACUCAUUCAGUCCCAGCCUUCCCAGUUAACAUUGAUAUUUGACUUCUGAAGGCAUUAAUGGCAGUGGAUCUGUUAAGAGCAAAUGCAGUUUCCACAGGUGAAACCCAAAGCCAAAAACAAGAACUCUCUAAUGUUUAAGCAAUCAAUUUGAUUUAAUCCCGAGCAGCUGGAAACACCCAUUAGUCACGUUCCAAUACUUUGGCUCACUUGAAAAAUGGGAAAAUUUGCUCUGUCCUGAGUUGUUUAACACAUCUAGAUGGAAAUAAAAGCUAGAAUUCUGACCUUUUGUCUUAUAUUCAUCUUUUGAGCUGAAACCCAAAUGUCCUCAGUAUACAACAAAAACAAAAGGAAUUGACCUUGCCGUUCCAAUACUUUCGGAGGGGACUGUCUGUAUGGCAACAGUAUCCCAUCCUUCUGUUAAUUUGACUAGACGAGGCAGAGUAGAUCAUUACUCAGUGGUGGGACCAAGUCAUUGCCCUCAAGUCGAGACUGACUCGACAAAGUCUUGAGUGACUUAAAAAGCAAUGACUUAGUCCCACCUCUACCAUUACUAGAUGAGACUGGGCAAGUCUACGUAUUCAGAAUAGACUUGACCACAGGUGUCAAACUGGUGGCCAGAUGCGGGCCGCAACAUAAUUUUUUUGUGGCCCACAAAAGCAAAUCAUGUGUGUCGACUUCAUGUUUCGGUGUCUUUACUUGUAUAAUGUUGAGAUAUUGCAAGCAUUUGAUGUUACCAAUCACCUUUUUUAAAUAAAUUUAAUAAUUGUUGAACAUUUUUUAUUGGGAAGCAAUAACUACAAUGUGGCCCGCGACAAAAAUUAGUUUGAGACCCCUGGACUAGACUAUAAUAGAUGCAACAGACUAUCCAGUCCUGUCUAUUAUACUGGACUACAAUAGACAUAACCAUUCACAACUAUUCUACACUGGCUGUUUGUGCUACAGUAGAGCGGAAUAGCCAUAUACAAGACUAUCAUACCGCAUCCUAGACUGUGACGGACUAGACCUUCUGUCACAGGCCACAUUGUAGUUUUGGGUUCCCUCAGAAAGGGCUGUUAUGACAGUAUAACUAUAUAAAUGUUUAAUCGCCUCAUAUUAUACAAACAAAUUAAUGGAUAACUACUUUUGAAAGCAGAAGUCAAGGAAUAUAGUUUGGUAACAAAAAAACAAAAUAGUGCAAUCUGUCAGCAUUAUUUAUUAAAUAUGAAAAUUCUAAAUUUUGUUACAAUUUUUAGAAAGACUCAUGGAAGUGGAUACAUGAUUUGCUUUCACAAGCCACAUAAAAUGAUGUGGCAGGCCAGAUGUGGACCCCUGGCAUUGAGUUUGACGCCUGUGGACCAGACUAUUCUAUAUAGGACUGGAAUAGAUGAGAUGUAACCAUAUACGACUUGACUAUCCCAUAAUACCACAUCAUAGACUGGACUAUGACGGUAUUAGUAAAAUAAUCGCUGUUAUUUGUCUCGGGUUCUUCUAGGGCCACAUGCAAUGUUCCUGAUUUGUGUAAUUAUAGUAACCAUUUAGCAUUAGUAUGUGCUACAUUGUUUUUAUCAGAGCAAGAACGUGAAAAGAAAUUAUACAAAUUUCAUGUAGAUUAACUUUUUUUGUAUUAAAUUCUUGGGAACUCCAAAUAAAAUAAUAAAAAAAGUUGUGUUGUGAUGUUUGUGCAAAUAAAAAUUCUCAGUUCAUUUCUCAAAUAAUAUAUUUCAACUCACGCAUU